AUGGCAAUUUUAGUUUUCUUUCCAACGCUGAGGGCCUCGAGAGCUGUGAACAGAAUGAGGAUAAUGAAUUCACUUAUUCUGUUGCAAUAUGUGCCACGAAUUUAUCCAAUAUACAGAUACUGCAAAAAUCUUAACAAGAAGAAACUCGACAAUGAUAUUUCUGAUCCCCUAGAGAGUAAAACAUGGUUUCCAGGGCUUCUCAAUUUCAUCCUAUAUAUCCUUGCUAGUCAUGUAUUCGGAGCAUUUUGGUAUUUCUUUUCUAUUCAACGACUGAUAGAAUGUUGGGGAUAUGCUUGCCAAAGUGGAAAUGGAUGUGAGUUCCGUAUUUUUUAUUGUGAUGAUGGUACAACCAGAAAUGUCACGCUUCUAAAUGAUUUAUGCCCCAUAAAUCCAUUAAAUGCAAAAGUAUUCGAUUUUGGUAUAUAUCUUGAUGCUCUCCAGUCUGGCAUGUUGGGGUCAACAGAUUUUCCGCAAAAGGUAUUGCAGUGUUUCUCCUGGGGCGUACGAAAUCUAAGUUCUUUUGGUUCGAACCUCAAGACCAGUAUGAAUGCAUGGGAAACCCUCUUUGUGGUUUUUAUUUCUACAAGUGGCCUGCUACUGUUUAUAUAUCUCCUUGGACAUUUGCUGGUUGGUGAUGAUGCACUACUCUUUAUUUUCUAUAUAUGUAAAAUGGCGACUAACAAGGAAUAUUGGAUUCGGCUGAAGAUGUGGAAGAUAGAGUCAGACAUAGAACGAAUGUCAGAUGAAUAUGGCCUCUCUAAUGCAUCCGGGGAUAUCCAUAAAAUAGUACGAAGACGACUUCGACGAGAGGAAGAUCUUGCUGUGGAGAAUAUAUUCUCUAUUCUUCCCUUAAAAGUUCAAGACAUUAUCAAGCGCCAUCUCUUCUUCGAUAAACUAAAGACAGUGCCAACGCUUCAAGAUAUACACCAAAACGUGUUGGAUGCAAUCUUGAAGGAUCUUGAGCAAGCAAUGUAUGAUGGAGGCAACUGUAUUAUUCGAGAGGGGGAGCCACUUGAUAUGAUGAUCUUCAUCUCACGGGGCAGGGUUCUUACCUACAACACUACUAGUACUGGCCAUGGUGGAGGAGAAAGUGGCUUGUCAAACACUACAGGUCCAUGGCUUACUGGGGGUGAUUUCUAUGGACAAGAACUUAUACGUUGGGCAGCGACAUCAACCUCCUUUUCCAACUGGCCCAUCUCCAACAACACCCUCAAGUCUCAUAAAAAAGUUGAAGUCUUUGCCAUAAGAGCUUCUGCUUUACUUCUUAUUGUCUCUAAAUACAAGAAGUAUUUCAAGACAGAGACACAGAGCCCCUACCCAACGGAUUACACUGUUAUUGAGAUAAAUUAA